AUGUUUUGGACUGGUGCUCACGUCGGCUUCUCGGUCAUGGCCUCUGCCUCGGGGAAGGUCUACCCCCUCCUCGGCCGGCCGCAAGACUCUUUGUCGACAAAACGUCACAAGAUUGCGUAUCCAGAGUAUCUCGGCGUAACGUUUGAUGCUUCCACCACCAACCUGAGCUAUUCCAUCCCCGCGGCGGGUGGAGAAUCCUCGGUACUAGUUACGCUCUCGUUCCUGUCACCUAUCACACCCUCCUCGACGAUGAGACAGGCCAUUCCGGCGGGGUACAUGACUGUUUUUGUUGCGGGGUGCGACGACUUGGAUUUGUACACGGAUGUGAAUGGGGAGUGGGUGACGGGGAACAGGGAUAAUACUUUGCGGUGGGAGAUGUUUGAAUCUCCUCCCGGGGAAGAAAAGGGGACAAAAAAUGGGACAAAGACAGGAAUAAAAACUUGGAAGGUGAGGAGGGAGAGGGAGGAGCUGCUGACCGAGUUUGGGGAUCGGGCCGAGUGGGGGACUUUGCACUUUUCUGCCCCGGGAGGGGAGAACGGGGUGAGGUAUCAGAGUGGGACUAGUGCUUUGCUGAGGGGGUUGUUUGCGGAGAGGGGGGAGCUGAGGGAUGAGGUGGAUGGGGAGUUCAGGAGGGUGAUGGAGGAUGAGCCGGUUUUUGCUUUUUCAAAGGGGUUCAAGUUGGCUGAUGGGGGGAAGGGGAAGGAAAAGUGUGAGAAAAGGGAGGAGAGCGUGAGGUUUACGUGGGCGCUGGUGCAGGAUCCGGUUGUGCAGUUUGCUAGUGCUAGGGGGUUGACGAUGAUGAGGCCGCUUUGGCAGAGUUUUUUUACCGAUGCGGAUGAAUUAGUGGGUUGGCAUUUUGAUGACUUUGAGACUGCAGCAAAACUGGCGGGGGAGUAUUCGGAUGCGUUGGCACGGGAUGCGUAUGAGUCUGGGUCGAGGGAGUAUCAGGAUAUUGCUGCGCUGAGCGCGAGGCAGGUGCUGGGGGCGACGCAGUUUUCGGGGACGCCCGAGGACCCGAUUUUGUUUUUGAAGGAGAUUUCGAGCAAUGGGAAUUUCCAGACGGUGGAUGUGAUCUUCCCGGCCUUUCCGUUCUUCCUGUAUACCAACCCGAGGUGGUUGGCGUAUCUGCUGGAGCCGCUGCUGGAGCACCAGCUGAGCGGGCAGUAUCCAAACGACUAUUCGAUGCAUGAUCUGGGGGCGCAUUUUCCGAACGCGACGGGGCAUCCGGAUGGGAGGGAUGAGUAUAUGCCUGUGGAGGAGUGUGGGAAUAUGUUGAUUAUGGGGUUGGCGUUGGCGAAUGCGCUGAGGUAUGAUACUGAUCCUGCGUUUGGUUACUUGGUCAGGGAGUCGCUUAUUCCGCAUAAUCAGCUUUGCACGGAUGACUUUGCGGGGUGGUUGGCGAACCAGACGAACUUGGCGCUGAAGGGGAUUAUUGGGAUUAAAGCCAUGAGCGAGAUUGCGGAUAUUGUGGGCGAAAAGGAGGAUGCAAAGUUUUAUCGGGAGACGGCGGGGGAGUAUAUUGAGAAGUGGCAGGAGUAUGGCAUCUCGAGGGAUGGGACCCAUGCCAAGCUGGCGUACACUUGGUAUGGAUCGUGGACGACUAUUUACAACCUGUAUGCGGACUCGCUGUUGUGUUUCCAUGUUUCGGACAAGAACAAAUCUUCGGUGACAGGAGGGAGAAAGAGUGGGAAGCAGCCGAGGAUGGAAAGUCAGAUACCACUUGGACAACAGGCUUACCGGUCUGAAAAAGAUGGGAACGUCUUUAUCCCUGACAAGGUCUACCAGAUGCAGAGCGAUUGGUAUCAUGCGGUUCUGCAAAAGUAUGGGCUGCCGUUGGAUUCGAGGCACUUGUAUACGAAGAGUGACUGGGAGUUUUUUGCGGCGGCGGUGACGGGACGGAAGACGAGGACGGAGAUUCUGACGAGUGUGGCCAGGUGGGUGAAUGAGACUGAGACUGAUCGUCCUUUUACGGACUUGUAUGAUACAGAGGGCAAUGGAGGGUUCCCGGGGAUUUGGUUCAUGGCGAGACCGGUGGUUGGGGGGCACUUUGCCUUCUUGGCACUGGAGAGGGCAUGCGGAGGCAAGGCUGUGGAGGCAUUGAAGUUUUUGGAUAAGAGGGAGCCUGGGGAGGUUGAUGUUGAGUUGGUGCUGAUGAGGGAUCUUUCUACUGGUGAGCAGUAUGAUGAUGAGGGGUGGGAGGACCUUUGA